CCGGCCCGCAGGCCCUCGCCGCCCGGGAGGGGAGCCCACAGGCGCAGGGAGGCCGAGCGCGGACUCGCCACCAGGCUCCAGAAUGGCAGAAGACGAUUCAUAUUUGGGAGGACAUGAACAAAUGUUUCAUUUGGAGCCUUUGACUCAUACAAUGUUUAAUCCAGAAAUAUUUCAACCAGAGAUGCCACUACCUACAGCAGAUGGUCCAUACCUUCAAAUAUUAGAGCAACCUAAACAGAGAGGGUUUCGUUUCCGUUAUGUGUGUGAAGGCCCAUCCCAUGGUGGACUCCCUGGUGCAUCUAGUGAAAAGAACAAGAAAUCCUACCCUCAGGUCAAAAUCUGCAACUAUGUGGGACCCGCAAAGGUUAUUGUUCAGUUGGUCACAAAUGGAAAAAACAUCCACCUGCAUGCACACAGCCUGGUGGGAAAACACUGUGAGGACGGGAUCUGCACUGUAACCGCCGGACCCAAGGACAUGGUGGUCGGCUUUGCAAACUUAGGUAUACUUCAUGUGACAAAGAAAAAAGUAUUUGAAACACUGGAAGCACGGAUGACAGAGGCAUGUACAAAGGGCUACAAUCCCGGACUUCUGGUCCAUCCCGAUCUCGCCUACUUGCAAGCGGAAGGUGGAGGAGACCGGCAGCUCACAGAUCGGGAAAAGGAGAUCAUCCGCCAGGCAGCUCUUCAGCAGACAAAGGAGAUGGACCUCAGCGUGGUGCGGCUCAUGUUCACAGCUUUUCUCCCGGAUAGCACCGGCAGCUUCACGAGGCGCUUGGAACCCGUGGUGUCUGAUGCCAUCUAUGACAGCAAAGCCCCCAAUGCGUCCAACUUGAAAAUUGUAAGAAUGGACAGGACAGCUGGAUGUGUAACUGGAGGGGAAGAGAUUUACCUUCUCUGUGACAAGGUUCAGAAAGAUGACAUCCAAAUUCGAUUUUAUGAAGAGGAAGAAAAUGGUGGGAUCUGGGAAGGAUUUGGAGAUUUUUCUCCCACAGAUGUUCAUAGACAAUUCGCCAUCGUCUUCAAAACUCCAAAGUAUAAAGAUGUCAACAUCACAAAACCAGCUUCUGUGUUUGUCCAACUUCGGAGGAAAUCUGAUCUGGAAACUAGCGAACCCAAACCUUUUCUCUACUACCCUGAAAUCAAAGAUAAAGAGGAAGUGCAGAGGAAGCGGCAGAAGCUCAUGCCUAAUUUCUCAGAUAGUUUCGGCGGUGGUAGUGGUGCCGGAGCUGGAGGUGGAGGCAUGUUUGGCAGUGGCGGUGGAGGAGGUGGUGCUGGAAGUACGGGUCCAGGGUAUGGCUUCCCCCACUAUGGAUUCCCUACGUACGGUGGAAUUACCUUCCAUCCUGGAACCACUAAGUCUAAUGCUGGGAUGAAACAUGGGACCAUAGACUCCCUAUCUAAAAAUGACCCUGAGAGUUGUGGCAAGAGUGUGGACAGAGAGGCAGUGAACUUCUCUGGGAAAGUAACUGAACCCGCAGAACAAGAUAAGGAGUCUGGCUCUGGAGAAGACGAGGUUACCCUGACGUGUACAGUAGGAGGAAAGGAAGAGAACUCUAGGUUUCAGGAUGACCUCUUCCUAGAGAAGGCCAUGCAGCUGGCCAAGCGGCAUGCCAAUGCCCUUUUUGACUAUGCGGUAACAGGAGAUGUGAAGAUGCUGCUGGCUGUCCAGCGCCAUCUCACUGCAGUGCAGGAUGAGAAUGGGGACAGUGUCUUACACUUAGCAAUCAUCCAUCUUCAUGCUCAGCUUGUGAGGGAUCUACUAGAAGUCACAUCCGGUUUGAUUUCUGAUGACAUUAUCAAUAUGAGAAAUGAUCUCUACCAGACGCCCUUGCACUUGGCCGUGAUCACCAAGCAGGAGGCUGUGGUGGAGGACUUGCUGAGGGCCGGGGCCGACCUGAGCCUCCUGGACCGCUUGGGUAACUCUGUUUUGCACCUCGCUGCCAAAGAAGGACAAGACAAAAUUCUCAGUAUUUUACUCAAGCACAGAAAGGCGGCACUACUGAUCGACCACCCUAACGGGGAAGGUCUAAACGCCAUUCACAUAGCCGUGAUGAGCAACAGCAUGGCGUGUCUGCUGUUGCUCGUGGCUGCCGGGGCCGACGUCAACGCCCAGGAGCGGAAGUCGGGGCGCUCGGCGUUGCACCUGGCUGUGGAGCGUGACAACAUCUCCCUUGCUGGCUGCCUGCUCCUGGAGGGUGAUGCCCAUGUAGACAGUACCACGUAUGAUGGAACCACACCCCUGCACAUAGCAGCCGGGAGAGGGUCCACCAGACUGGCGGCUCUUCUCAAAGCAGCAGGUGCAGAUCCCCUCGUGGAGAACUUUGAGCCUCUAUAUGACCUGGAUGACUCUUGGGAAAAAGAUGGAGAGGACGAAGGAGUCGUGCCUGGAACCACACCUCUAGAUAUGGCCACCAACUGGCAGGUGUUCGAUAUAUUAAAUGGGAAACCAUACGAGCCAGAGUUUACAGCUGAUGAUUUACUCGCACAAGGAGACAUGAAACAGCUGACAGAAGAUACCAAGUUGCAGCUCUACAAGUUGCUAGAAAUCCCUGAUCCAGACAAAAACUGGGCUACCCUGGCACAGAAAUUAGGUCUGGGGAUACUAAAUAACGCCUUCCGGCUGAGUCCCGCUCCUUCUAAAACUCUCAUGGACAACUACGAGGUCUCCGGGGGGACAAUAAAAGAGCUGGUGGAGGCCCUGAGACAGAUGGGCUAUACCGAAGCCAUCGAAGUGAUCCAGGCCGCCUUCGGCACCCCGGGCACCGCAGCCCCCGGCCCCGCGAAGACCGCCUCUCACACCCUCUCGCUGCCCCUCUCGCCUGCCUGCACGAGGCCACCAGUAGACGAGGGCCGGGACGACAGCAUCUGCGACAGCGGCGUGGAGACCUCCUUCCGCAAACUCAGCUUCACGGAGUCUCUGACCGGCGGCGGCUCCUUGCUGACUCUGAACAAAGUGCCCCGCGAGUACGCGCGGGAAGGACCGAUCGAAGGCAAAAUCUAGGCCGCCGCCGCCGCCAGCGCGCCCGUCGCACCACGCUGCCCGAGAGGAGGAAGCCGAGGGCGUCCGGAGGUGCUCGCGGGAAAACCAGCCUGCCCGAGCCGCUCGGAUUGAGGCGAGGCCUUUCGAAGGCGGCUUCCUGUCCUGGCUCUCACACGCACGUCGGUCCGGUCCGCCAGCGGCUGCCCGAGCGGUCGCGGCGAGCCGGGCUGACGCCUCCUGGAGGGCGAGUUCGCUUCCUGAGCUUCUCCGGCUGCUUUCCCCGGUCACUGCCGCCGUCCCUCUGCCGCGCUCCCGCUGUCAUUAAAAGGUGUCCCAGUCUCCACCUGGUGUUAUUUCUGGCCGUCCACAGCACAGCCAUGCAUUCAGCUUAAGGAAAAAGAAAAGGAAUAUUUUUAAAUGAGAGUCACACAGUGUAUAAUAAUAAAAAAAAAAAAA